UUAUUAUAUCAACUAGGCCCAAAUAAAUUCACUUCUGCGAAGAGCCAAAAAAACCUUCUAGAGUUUCUUCUCGUUUCUUCUCGCGCGCACAGCACCUUCAACCUACACAAUCUUUUCUCUUUUCUUCAAUUUUUCGUGGAAAACAAAAGAACCUGAAUCCCAUCUCGUCGAAUUCAUCUUCCUGUUUCGUUUUUUUCCUCAACUUGUUCACGAGUUUCAGGUGAAAGCUGAAUGUGUUGUGAUUCAAAGGAAAGUUGCAGUUUGUAAUAAAAAAAGAGUAACUUGUUGGCCCAGGUGUUUGAAUAAUGGCAGAUACCAUAGUUACAACUGACCAAUCUUCUACUCCCUCGCUAAACCCUACCCGAAUAAUCUGUCAUGUAUGUCAGAAGCAGUUUUCUCAAUACACAUGUCCUCGAUGCAAUUCACGAUACUGCUCCCUCCCUUGUUAUAAAUCUCAUAGUCUUCGUUGUACUGAAUCCUUCAUGAAAGAAAACGUUGUUCAAGAGCUCCAGCAAAUGCAACCUGAUGAACAAACCAAACAUAAAAUGUUGGACAUACUGAAAAGAUUUCAUUCAGAAGAGGAAAUGGAUAACACGGAUGAGGAUUCUUUUGAAGAUUCAACUUUGUCUGAGGAGACGAUUGAAAAAAUAUUGUCAGGACAAGAAAUCAGUUUUGAUGAUUUAUCUCUUGAAGAGAAGAAACGGUUUCAAAGAGCUAUUGCUUGUGGAGAAUUAAGCAAGAUGAUCACACCAUGGGAUCCAUGGUGGUCAAAGCAUUCUGCCAGAAAUAUUCGUCUCAGUAAGGAAGGAGCUCAACUUGUUCAACCUCUUUCAGAGCAGGUAUCUCUAGAUGAUUCUGAGAGUAAUGAAUCAAGUGAAAUACCUCUCGGCCCUGAAGUUCCGCUACCUCCUUUAAGUAGGCUUAGUUCCAAGGAACCAUCACCCCUUUUAACUGUUCACCUAGUUGAUAUAUUAUACAGCUACUGCUUCACUCUUCGCCUCUACAACGGGGAUUGGAGGUCAGAUCCAAUAGGGUCAGUCAUGGUUGUGUUGAGUGUAUCUUCAGUUUUGGGCCAAGGUGGGCAGCCAGAGACUGUACUGGAAGCCCUCACGCAUUGUUUGGAGCAAGUAUGUUCUCCAGCUUACAGACACAUGGGAGGGCUACAAUUCGGUUUAGGUGUUAUUGAUGAUGUGAUCAAUCUACUUUCAUUAGGAAGUCCUGCUAUGGUGUGUGCCCUUUGCGAUAUGCGUCGGUUGAUUCAAGAAGGAGACAAGGAGGCCAAAUCAGAGAAGCCAAGAAAGUUUAGGAGGAAUGAAAUUAGAAGUGCUAUUAAGCAGGCAGAAAGGAAAAUAUAUUUCAUCAUGUGUUGGGUCCAUGAGCAGCCAAAGGAAGCUUGGUCUUCUUUAGCAGCCAUUGUUACCACACAAAAAACAUUGGCCAUGAAAUUUCGGGGGAGUAAUAAGGCUGAAAAAAUGAAUAAAGCAGAAACCAGAGGCAAAUGUUUAAUUGAGGAGAUUGAAUGAUUUAUGCAAAUUGUUGUUCCUUACAUGUUAACCACAUUUAUUUAUCUUUUGAAAGUAUGUAUACUUGAAAUAGUUGCUCUCAACACAGUUUUGUACCAUAUACUUUUAGAAGAAGAAAUCUGCAUUUUCAAAUA